GCCUUCUGCAAUCUUGCAUUCAGUCGAGCGGUCGAGCUUCAACAGUGCGCACUACUCUUUGUUGUUGAUCCACAGUCAUUGAACUGAGUUCCGAACUUUCAAACUCUGUUCUGAUUGGGAGUUGAGAACUCUAGCUGUCAAGUGUUAACAGGUUGAUGUGUUUACAUGACAAUGCUUCUUGUUCUAAUCUUACCAAAUUAUUGAUAAUUAACUACAGUAAAUUUUGCUUACAGCAUGAUAGUCUUUGUUACUCAUAAAAGCAAAUAGAUUAUCGGAUAGUUUGAUGUUUGUGUACGGAUGUCGCCACCGGUAAAAGGGAGUUUGAAAACUUUCAGAUGAAUGAAAUGAUGUUUCGGCGAUCCUUUCGAAGAUGGUGGCCAGGAAUCACGUUUUUCGGAAUUUGUAUCUUUUUGUUUUGGAAAAGCUACAAGCACAACAAUCUGCAAGUACCUACAGAAGAUGGCUGGAUAGCAGUCAGGUUAUCGCAGAACCAAGAAGAAUAUGUGGACAGACGAGGGGUCCACGUUGUGGUGGGACAUUACACGGGAGACACCAGCAGUGAUAGGCAUCCACCAAAUUUGACUGAAGAACUGUUGAACACGAACAUGUUCGACCCGAAGCCAUCGGAAGGCAAGGACGGGACUCCCGUUCUGAUGCCACCGCACCUCAACGCCAAAGUACAGCAGCUCUAUCACAUCAACCGCUUCAACCUGAUGGCCAGCGACAGGAUACCUCUCAACAGGACACUGCCCGAUGUUAGGAAGAAAAGGUGUCGACUAAAAACCAUCGACAUAAGAGGCCUUCCGAAAGCUAGUGUGAUAAUUGUUUUUCACAAUGAGGCCUGGUCCACGUUGCUGAGAACUGUACAUAGUGUUAUUGAUCGAUCCCCCUCAUCAUUACUACAAGAAGUAUUACUUGUAGAUGAUGCAAGUACCAGAAAAUUUCUGGGCAAGGAGCUGGACGACUACGUUGCAAAGCUGCCUGUUCCGACGAGAGUUCUGCGCACAGGGAAACGCGACGGUUUGAUCAGAGCUCGCCUCAUGGGAGCGCGGGCCGCUCAAGGUCAAAUACUCACAUUCUUGGAUGCGCACUGCGAAUGUACUAUUGGUUGGCUAGAGAACCUGAUCGAGCGAGUGGCUGAGAACCGGAAACGCGUGGUGUGUCCGGUGAUUGACAUAAUCAGCGAUGACACUUUCGCCUACAUCCGGAGCUUUGAGCUGCAUUGGGGUGCAUUCAACUGGGAGAUGCACUUCCGCUGGUACACGCUCGACGCCAGAGAACUCGCUAAACGAAGGAAGGAUAUCACGCAACCUUUCAGUACACCAGCGAUGGCCGGAGGUUUAUUUGCAAUGGAUAAGAACUUUUUCUUCGAAUUGGGCUCCUAUGAUGAUCGCAUGGAAGUUUGGGGAGGUGAAAACUUGGAGAUGUCAUUCAGGGUUUGGCAGUGCGGUGGCUCAGUGGAAAUCGCUCCAUGUUCCCAUGUCGGUCACCUGUUUCGGAAGUCGUCGCCCUACAGCUUCCCGGGAGGAGUGUCUGAGACUCUGUUCGCAAAUCUUGCCAGAGUCGCUCUUGUCUGGAUGGACGAGUGGAAAGAGUUCUAUUUCAAGUUCACGCCAGAAGCUGAAAAAGUUCGAGACCGUCAAGCAAUCAGAGAUCGCCUCCAGUUGAGAAGUCAGCUGCAGUGCCACAGCUUCCAAUGGUACUUGGAUAAUGUUUGGCCUCAGCACUUCUUCCCUACAGACAAACGAUUCUUCGGAAGGAUCAAGCACCGAAUACGCGGCGAAUGCCUGGAGAAGCCGAACCGCAAGGGCAGUCUCAACCAACCGAUGGGUCCGGCGCGGCUGGGCCACUGUGUGGAGCCGGCCGCACUGCGCCAGAUGUUCGUCAUGGAUCGGACGGCGAUCACUGACACUGAUACUGGAACUGGAACUGAUACCGGCGCACCACUGAUGACUGACGAGUCGGUGUGCUUGGAUGCGCCGCCCAAAGAGGGCGCCUCCACAGCUGUGCUCAAGGUCAAGGUCAUUGCGUGCACUGGGCAUGCGCGACAGGCGUGGACCUACAACCAACAGAGCGGAGCCCUCCGUCACGUGAGUUCGGGUCUCUGCCUGGAUCUGCCUCAGGAAGGCGACGAAGGUCUAGCCCUAGCUGCCUGCAACACCUAUCCCAGUCAACAGUGGACUCUAGAGUCUGUGCCUUGGAAGUAAAUCACCAAAUAGUGAUCCGAAUUUCGCUACUGCACAUCUAUAUGCACCAACUACAUUUAACGUGAAACCACGUUUAUUUGCAUCUAUCACAAUGUGUUUUCAUACGGACCUUAGGCGGGAUGCACACCGGAGAAACGCGUUUCGUGAAAAAAGUUUCAGGAAACGUGAAACGAAAGUUGCUCGCAAUCGACUGAUAAGCAGGGAACGUUUCUUUUGUAUGCAUGCGCGAGUGAAACGGAUUGCAUGAAACUAGUUUCAUGAAAGAGGGCUUCACGAAAUGCGUUUCUCCGGUGUGCAUCCCGCCUUAGUUGAUCUUAAUUUGAUCUCUUUUGAUUAAUGUCUGAGUUUCGGCUGGAGCCCUCUACUAUAAUGAGGUCCACGUUAUAAUGGCAGUAUUCGAUUAACAAUGUUGAUGCUAUUCUGGUCUAUCAUUCGACAAAGCAGAUAGAGCUAUCUCUCUUUCGCUUCGCAACGUUGCCAGACCGUUUUUCAACAAUGUAGAUAUACAAUUGAUCAACAAAAUAUUUAAACUAAAUCAUGAAUUGUUGCUAGAAAGAGAGGCGAAUAAGAUUGGCAUGAUAGUGAAUGAAAGAAAAACGAGGUACAUGAAAAUAUCAAGUAGUCAAGCAAGAAGUGUUCCACAAAACCUCCGAAUUGGAAAUAAAAACUUUCAAGGUGUAAGGAACUUCAGCUACUUGGGGGUUGAACUAAAUAACGAGAACAAGAUGGGUUACAGCAUAAAGCAAAGAGUAUUGGCUGGAAAUAGAGCAUACUUCAGUAACAUGAAACUUUUGAAGAACAGGCUCAUAUGUAGAAACACGAAACUUAAAAUAUAUGAGAGCCUAAUUCGACCUGUUGUAACGUACGGCUGUGAAUCUUGGACGUUAACAAAAGAAGACAAAAACCAUUUAGGCGUUUUUGAAAGGAAAAUCCUAAGAAAGAUUUAUGGUCCAGUUAAAGAAGGAGAGGAGUGGAGGAGAAGAACUAAUUCAGAGCUCGAGGCAUUGAUAAAAGGCCGAAAUAUUGUAAAAUUUAUUAAGGCACAGCGGCUUAGAUGGUUUGGACAUAUCUGUAGAAUGAACGAAAACAGAAUGCCUAAAAUAAUAUUCAAGGAGAGGCUACAUUCAAGAAGAAAGAUAGGAAGGCCGAGAAUAAGAUGGAAGAUGAAGUGAGAGACGUCUCCAAAAAAUGGGAUAUAGAGGAUGGAGACAAUUAACAGAGGACCGAGAAGCGUGGAGAGCUGUAGUGGAGGCGGCCAAAGCUCAUAUUGGGCUGUAGUGCUAAAAAAAAUCAUGAAAAAUCAUCAUUGAUGUAAUUCUGAUUAAUUUAUUCAAUAUUAUAAUCAUUAAUCAUAGAUUGACUCAUUUAUAUAAUCUUUGAAAACUAUAUUCCUGUUUCGAAUAGAAUAUAAUUGAUUAUUUUCAACAAGAAUGGACAGUUAAUAUUAUAUCAAAUUACCGGUAUUAGCUAUCCUCUAUAGAAGCCAGUGGCAAGGCAGAGAAUCGGCAACGCUAUCUUCCUAUCUUUCUCUACUGCCAUUGUAGCGUGGACCACACUUCAGAACAAUUGAGGCUCUGUUUUCAUUGCCAAACUGAGAUCAAAUUUUAAUGUCCGAGUAUCGAAGCUCAAGUGUUAUCUUGGUGGAAAUUCAUUUCUCACAUAAUUGUGGGUACCUUACUUAUUGCUUUAGAGCGCUCUUAAAGAGCAAUCAGGGCUCUUAAUUUCAUUACUAGAUUAGGAUCAAAUGUCGGAAUAUCAAAACUAAAUGUCGUCUUGGUAAAUUAUCCUCCUGUUCCUUUAUUUUAUAGGGCUACAUAUUAUUGAAAUUGAGUGAGAAUCAUCAAGUUCCAUUUUUAUAUUUUAUCAAUUCACAACAUGUUUUGUUUCACUCAGAGCCAUUUUCAAGUGCAAAUAUUAAUUAGGUACUAAAAUAUUUAAAAGGUACUUGAUGAUCUUUAUUUAAUUUCGACAAUAUUUCUUCUUGGUUAUCUAUUUUUCAACAAAACGGAAAUAUUUUAUGAAAUACUUCAUGAUAAAAAAAAGUAAAUUCGUAUGGCUUUUGUUGGUGGGGAGUCCCUUGCGGGAAGGUCCCACCGCCUAAAUAUAUCAUUUAAGCCGUCAAUGGGCCUUACGACUGUCAUACUUCAGCCGGGACCGACAGUUUAACGUGCCCAUCCGAUAACACCGGAGUGAUCUGGUUAAAAAACUUUUGGUAUUGAGAGGGUUUGAACCCGGGAUCUCUAUGCUGCUACGCAGGCACUCUAUCCACUACACCACGGAUCAUGAUAAAAUACUUAAAUACAUGAUACAUGUAUAUACGUAAAUACUAAAUACAUGAUACUUUAUGAUGUAGCAUGUAAGUUAUAGAGAGCUCCCUAUUUAAAAUCUUCCUAUUCUCUUAGAUCCGAUUAAGAAUUGAUAUAAUCGUAAUGCAUCGAUGAACAUAAAAGUAUUAAUUUUAUUAUAACUUGUAAGCUUUUACAUAAUAUACUAAUUAUAAUAAGUUUUUAUUAAUUUACAUUUCUGUAAAAUUUACAAUCUGUUACACAAUAUAAACCAAUCUGAUUUUUUUAGCCAUGCUUUAAUUGAACAAAGUUCAGGGUAUUAGAAUAUAGUAUUUCAUGAGUUUCUAUCAAUUUUUGUAAAAACAUUUAUAUUUUUUAGGAUUUUUAAGUUUCUAUGAUUUUGUAUUAAAAAUUAGCUUAUAGUAUUUUUUAUUUCAAGAGUUUCUAUCAAUAUUUGUAUAUACAUUUAUAUUUUUGGAAGUUUCUAUCAAUGUUUGUAACAGUUAGUUUAUAGUAUUUUAAAUACUGCAUUUAGUAUUACAUUAUAGUUUAUAGUAUUUCUUAUAAGUUUCUAUUAGUGUCUGUACGAUUUUUUGUCUGUAUCAAUUUAGUUUGAUUAGUGUAGAAUAACAAUUAGUUUCUAUUAGAUUUUAUGAUUUAGUAUAUGUAUCUAUUUCUCAGUCACAAAAUUUAUCUGGGUUAAGUUGAAAUACUAUUAAUUUGUUUUGUAUAUGAUUUUCUUAUCGAUUUAGUUAGACUACUAAAUUUAUCUAGGUUAAAUUGAAAUACUAUCAAUUUGUUUUGUAUAUUGUUUUUCUUAUCGAUUUAGUUACUAAUUGAGCUCAGCUCUUUUUAGUUUAAUAAUUCUUUGUGCAAUCUGGAAUAAUGUAAUAUUCCAUUCGUUUUGUUUAUCUCACUAUUUUUUUAGUCGGAUAAGUUUUGUACUUUAGAUAAUUUUGUAUUUCAUAAGCUGGAACAUAAAUUGCUUGUUUGUGUCCUGGAAUUGUGUGAUUGAAAUAUUAAAAAGAUUCGUAUGAAUACGGUAACGUUUUAUAGUGAUGUAAUAAAUUAGAACUGCAAACAUUAAUUACAACAAUAUAUUUUUAUAAUACACUUUAUACAUUUAGAAAUCAUAGAUUUAAUCUUUUGUACAAUAAAACCAGUUUUACAAUUCUAUAGUAA